GUCAAGAUCGCAUCCAUCUUCAACGAGAAAUGGUUUGCGAACUGGAUCUGACCCAAGCAAUCCUCCCCGAUUCCAUGCGUUUCGGUGAGGAGGCAUUUAAAUGCUCCGGAGCACAUGCGGGCUGAAGAACUCCCUUGCGAAACUAGGAAAGGUCAUUUAAAGUGGAAACAGUGCUUGCCGCCGAGUAUGGUUUGUUUUAAAGGAAAUAUCUCAAAGAGUCAACAACAGUAACUUCGGGAUUUACUUGUAAAGGCGCUUUUACUGAAGGUCGUGGGAUACUCCGUGCCCAAAUAUGCCUGUACGAAGAGGUCACGUUGCCCCCCAAAACACAUUCCUUGGAAUAAUAAUUCGCAAAUUCGAGGGUCAGAAUCGGAAAUUUGUGAUAGCCAAUGCCAGGGUGCAGAACUGUGCAAUCAUAUACUGCAAUGACGGCUUCUGUGAGAUGACAGGCUUCUCAAGACCAGAUAUCAUGCAGAAGCCAUGCACUUGUGACUUCCUCCAUGGCCAGCUGACUGACAAACAUGCCAUCAGCCAGGUGGCCCAGGCUGUGCUGGGAUCAGAGGAGCGCAAGGUGGAGAUCACCUACCACCGUAAGGAUGGGUCAGACUUUCAGUGCAACACUCACAUAAUUCCGGUGAAGAACGAGGAAGGUGUGGUGAUGAUGUUUAUCCUAAAUUUUGACUACAUCGUGGAUGAAGGAAGUGAUGAUUCCACAGAGAAGAUAAACCACACAUCCCCCACAAAGUCUGAUCAAAGGAGAAGCAGAUUCUUCCGAUUCCGCCAGGCAGCUUUGAGCCUAAUGGGCACCAACAAGCAGUCUCUUCCACAAGAGGACCCGGAUGCUGUGAUGGUAGAUUCCCCCAAAGAGAAUGAGGACUCUGUGCCUCUGAGGAGCUUCCCCUCACCCACCAAGGGCAGCUGCAGCCCCACUGAGGCAAAUGACACACACGCCCUCAUUGGAUCAAGCCACCACUCAUCCCAGGUCAGCGUGGGCCCAGAACCGCUCGACCACUCAUCCCCUAAAGAGCCAUGGCAGAAGCUGUACCAGAUGGAGCAACACCAGUCCUCUACUUCCCUGUCAAACACCUUCCCAAGAGGCAGCAUCAGCAGCAUGAGGCGAGCCUCCUCUGUCCAUGACAUUGAGGGCUUUAGCUCCAAUUCCAAAAGCCAGUUCAGGAACCGCCAUGCAAGUGAAGGGCCUUUAAAUCACCUGAAGUCCAGUCUGCUUGGCUCUACCUCUGACUCAAACAUCAAUAAGUAUAGCACCAUCAACAAGAUCCCUCUGAUUGCACUCAACUUCUCUGAGGGGACUGAAAAGAAAACUCACUCUCCACCAACAUCUGAGAAACCCAUCAUAGCACCGAAGGUCAAAGACAGAACUCACAACGUCACAGAAAAAGUCACACAGGUACUGUCACUCGGUGCUGAUGUGUUGCCAGAGUACAAACUCCAGACUACCCGCAUUGACAAGUUCACCAUCCUCCACUACAGCCCCUUCAAAGCUGUGUGGGACUGGCUGAUCCUGUUGCUGGUCAUCUACACAGCAAUCCUCACUCCCUACUCUGCUGCUUUUCUUCUCAAUGACCAAGAGGAGCAGAAGAGGCGUGAAUGUGGAUACUCCUGCAGCCCACUUAAUGUAGUGGAUUUAAUAGUGGAUAUCAUGUUCAUUAUUGACAUCCUCAUAAACUUCAGGACCACCUACGUUAACCAGAACGAGGAGGUGGUCAGCCAUCCUGCAAAGAUAGCAAUCCACUAUUUUAAAGGCUGGUUCCUUAUAGACAUGGUGGCAGCGAUCCCCUUUGACCUCCUUAUCUUUGGCUCAGGAUCAGAUGAGACAACCACUCUGAUUGGCCUGUUGAAGACAGCUAGGCUCCUGCGAUUGGUGCGUGUAGCCAGGAAGUUGGACCGCUACUCUGAGUAUGGAGCUGCAGUCCUUAUGUUGCUCAUGUGCAUCUUUGCCCUCAUUGCCCACUGGCUAGCCUGUAUAUGGUAUGCUAUUGGAAAUGUGGAGAAGCCGUACUUGGAACACAAGAUUGGCUGGCUAGACAAUCUGGGCGUGUCCAUAGGAAAGAGGUACAACUACAGUGAUCCUAGCUCUGGACCCUCUAUCAAGGACAAGUAUGUCACAGCACUUUACUUCACCUUCAGCAGUCUGACCAGUGUGGGCUUUGGAAAUGUCUCCCCCAACACCAAUUCUGAGAAGAUCUUUUCUAUUUGUGUCAUGUUGAUUGGGUCCCUCAUGUAUGCCAGUAUAUUCGGGAAUGUCUCUGCCAUCAUCCAAAGGUUGUACUCAGGCACAGCCCGCUACCAUGCUCAAAUGUUGCGGGUCAAGGAGUUCAUCCGCUUUCAUCAAAUACCCAACCCGCUGAGGCAGAGGUUGGAGGAGUACUUCCAACACUCCUGGGCCUACACCAAUGGCAUUGACAUGAACACGGAGGUUUUAAAAGGCUUUCCUGAGUGCCUCCAGGCAGAUAUCUGCCUCCAUCUAAACAGGAAUCUGCUACAGAACUGCAAAGCGUUCCAUGGAGCCACCAAGGGCUGCCUGAGGGCUUUGGCCAUGCGCUUCCAGUCCACCCAUUCCCCUCCGGGAGACACCCUGGUCCACAGCGGUGAUGUCCUCACUGCUCUCUACUUUCUGUCCCGUGGCUCUAUUGAGAUCCUGAAAGAUGAUACUGUGGUAGCCAUCCUUGGAAAAAAUGACAUCUUUGGAGAGAUGAUUCAUCUAUACGCCAAGCCUGGGAAGUCCAAUGCAGACGUGCGAGCUCUGAGUUACUGUGACUUGCACACCAUUCAGAGAGAAGAUCUACUGGAGGUGCUAGACAAAUACCCAGAGUUUGCUGACUACUUCUUCAACAACCUGGAACUGACCUUCAACCUCAGAGAUGAGAAUGCCAAGGCCACCUGUUCCCAAGGCGGUGAUUCAGAUGGUGAUGGCACCAAGAGCAGGAGACGGAUCUCCUUCACACCAGAUCUGUCUACAGGAGAAAACAACAAGGGAGUGGAGAAAGACGCAGGCAGGGAGAAGGAGUCUAACUCGUGCCUAAAGAGAGGUUCAGAAGAACGCAAGAACUCAGGAAAAGAUGAGCUGCGGUCUCUGGGCUCAGCAGUCCUGGGUUACUCCUCAGCUGAUGCCUCAGUCCUAGGCCUAGACUCAAAUGUCACUGGACACAUCCCAGCCAGAGACAGCUUGGAGAGAAGUCCAUCUUUUGAAGAUCUGUGCUGUGAUAAAUGGGCCUGUAAGGGACCCACAGACUACCUGGAUGAGUCAGCACAGUUGCAGGACCUCAGAGAGGAGGACAAUUCUGCGAGUGAAAUCACGUACGGAGAGGUGGAACAGCGCUUAGGUCAGCUGCAAGAGCACUUGAACAGGCUGGAGUCUCAGAUGAUGUCAGAUAUUCAGGCCAUCCUGCAGCUGCUGCAGAGGCAGUCCACCCUGGGACCCCCAGCCUACAGCACUGUGACUGGCAGCCCAGACUAUCACAGACCUGCUGUGAAGGUCCAGCCCGUUGCUCUGACUGCCAGCCAUCACUUCAGCCAUACAGCAACUCAUGGUCCCAACCAUAAACUGGAGAGGACCCAUCAGGAAUCCAAAGACUCUCUUUCGAGCUUGGCUCACAUGAAUGCACCCAUAGGAGACAGCCUUACAGCGCUGCUUGUACAAAGACAUACACAGCCACAACAGCAGCAACAACAACAACAACAACAACAGCAACAGCAGCAACAGAGCAAAGGACAUCAGCAGGCUGAAUUGAUCCUUCUUCCAGUUGAAACCACCUCCUCCUCUUCCUCUUCCUCCUCCUCUUCCUCCUCCCCCUCUGACACCAACCUCAACACCAUGGGACUCCACAGACCUGCCUCAGACCCAGGAUUUCCAAGGCCAUAAAUCCCUCAGCGGUACACAUUCAAGUGUUCUUAUAUCUGGGUCGUAAUGCUGUAAUUACUGAAGUAGCAGCAUUUUAUUAGCAUGCUGGCACAGACAUCUUUAUUCUUGAUUUGCAGUUGCUUGAUAAUAGAGUUGUUUCAUUUUAAUCAUCACAUAUGGAUUAAGGACUGUUGUCUGCAGUUAUCAGUGUAAUAACAGCAUUAUAAUGCAGGUGUGUGAACAAUUCGCUGAUCCUUUUGCCUGUCUUCUCUGAAGUGUGACUCAGGGGUUACAGACUAUUGCACUGCAAUAUAUGAAGUAUACUGUAGUUUUUUUCCUAUGUGCAUUAUUACAGUAAUCAGACAUGCACCCUUGAUGUUUCAGCCAACAGAACACAACAUACCUGCUUGUCCAGGCAGAUUAAAUAACAUGCAGGUUGGGGACUGUUCUGCUGCAUGUUUUCCUAGAGCUAUAUAGGCCUCUGACAAGCAAGUAUGAUGCAAACAUUUCUACAAGGCAGUGCAUGUGGUUUUAUAUCAAUAUAUUUACUCUUUUGCACUGCUUAUUAUAGGGCCCAAACAGUAGCACGUUAUAACAUAAAAUGAUGUCCAAAUACUAUUUCUCUCUCUUUUAUUUAGGAUGCACUUUGGGGGGUGGGGGUGAAGUAAUUUGGGAGUGGUGGGUGGGAGUGAUUCACCAUUAAUACUAGAUAGGCUUUUGGGCCUAAAAUUAAAUACAAAUACAAAAAUGUAAAGAUAACAAGAAAAUCUCUUGUUUCCUAUAUUGUUUUCAUAGAGAAUUUACAGUAAUGAUAAUGAUAAUGUAAUGUACAUGUUGUAAUAUGGCCAGAAUGGGGGGGGGGGGGGGGGGGGGGGGGGGGAGUAUUUUUUGUAAUCAAGUAAAUUAUAUGACAACCUGGGAAUAUACUCAAAUUACAGCACAUACGUUUGUUUUGAAGCUGUGGCAGCAAUAAAGUGAAAAUACACUUUA